UCUUAUCUAUCUAUCUACUUCAAGUUUCUUACGGUACGAGAGAGAGAGAGAGAGAAACCAUUCACUUCCAAUCCCUUUAGACCUUGUUUUCCUAAAAUAGAUUAAAUCUAGUUUUACACUCCUCUCUGUUUUCUAGUAAACUCCCCUUUCCUAGUACUCUUUUAGUUAGGCUCCUCCUCUUGUUUUUACCCUAACCCCCCUCUCUCUCUCACUUCAUAAAAUCGUUCUCUGUUCUGUUCUAUUGAUUCACCAAUCACCAUCAUGGGCUGUUGUUUUAGCAAGAAAAAUGAAGUUUCUUCUUCUUUGAAUGCCUCCCUACCAAUUCUAAACACUCUCAAGCUUGACAAGAAUGAGAUUCAAAACAACAAAAACAUGAUAGUUGAGGAUAAGGAGGUCAAAAAACAGGUUGUAGAAGAAGGGAGCUUUGUCAAGAAAGAAAUUUUUGUCAUCAAACACAGGAAAAACCAAGAUAAAGACAAACGCAUCCCUCCUCCCGACCUCAAUAUUGCACCACUAGAAGAUGGCCCUGCGCCCACUGCUACUGCAUCUGCUGCUGAAAUAUUAUCGGGCAACAGCAGCACCAAUGUUGGUGCUCAUAAUAUGGUUCUGAGAACAUCACGCUGCACAAAAGAAGAGGUAGAUGCCAUUCUCAUUCAGUGUGGAAGGCUUAGCCGCAGCAACUCUUCUGGAGCUGGAAAGCCCCCUUCUUCUGGCAUAAAGUACUCCGGUUCCAAGAGGAGCUACGACUUUGAUAAUAAUAAUAAUGACCAGGACCAAGAUGUUGAGUCUUCCACUUCUGCUGAUCAUUAUGAUUUUAGAAAGAAAGGCAAUGAUGAAGACGAUGGCGAGGUUACAGCCGAGGGAAGGCAGCAUCGCAACCUCCGCCGCCAAUCUAGCAGGCCUUCUCCUUCUCCUUAUCCUUCUCCUUCUUCACAAGGGAGGAGGAGGACACCCAGUAGGGAAAGGGACCAGAACCAGCGCCCCAGCAGCAGAGAGAGGGGCAGUGGUAGCAGUGGGAGAAGGGUGAGUCGAUCCCCGUGUAGAAGGUUGGAAACAACCCAAAACUCAGGCGUUACUGCUGGAAAUGCUAAUGCUACUGUUAAUGCUAACAAUACUGGUGGUCCUAGUAAUGGACCUGGAAAAAUGGUAUCAGUCCCUGCCACUGUUUCUUCUUUAGUGGUGGAUAAGAGCAACAAUGGGGUUGAACCGCAAGCAACGGCUGGAAUUAAGCGGAUCUCAGUUAAGAGAAAUGUUGGUGAGGCAGCGUUGACCUGCUCAAGGACGGUCACAUCGCCACGUUCCAAAUCUCCUGCCAGAACCAAUGCUAAGACCUCUAAUGAGAAUAAUCAGCAGCCAUCUCUUAGCCGCAGCAAUUCAAGAAAAGCAGACCAUUCACCUUACAGAAGAAAUCCAUUGAGUGAAAUUGAUCUCAAUUCACUUCAAUAUUUGCUACCACCUGCCAACAAGGCUACCUGCACCAGCAACAACAGAGCACAAAUCAGAAACAAAGAUAUCGAAGGACAAGUGGUGGUGAAGGAAUCUUUCAAUCUUCCAAAUCAGACUCCAAUGAAGAAGCAAAAUUCUGAGAAAAACAACAGAGUCAAUGCUCAAGUGACUAAUUGCAGAGACAGCAGCAUAGUUUCACUGGAAAACAAGAUCUCAAAGGAACAACAAAUGGAAGAGGCUAAAGGACAGCCAACAGACAUGACCACUGUCGUAGACUUGGGAGUUCAAAGCUUGAAGCCCACAUUAACCAAAAGCAGGUCAGCUAGGCGGUCGCGAGACCUCGACCUCAAUCCUGAAACUUUGUUGAAUCCAACGCCAUCAUAUACCGCACUACUGCUGGAAGACAUUCAAAAUUUUCACCUGAAGAACACUCCAUCCUUUUCUCUCCCAGCUUGUGUCACCAAGGCCUGCUCCUUUCUUGAAGCAGUUGCUGACCUCAAUUCCACUACAAGCACCAACCUGUCAUGUGCCUUUUCUUAUGAUAGAAGAAGCCCCCCUACAGUGGCUGCUGCUAAUCUUGUUGGGAAGAAACCACCUGAGGCAAAAGACCCAUUUGUAGAAUCUGAGGUACUUGUAAGCGAUGACCUUAUGAAGCCAAGCUUUCACAAGUAUGUAACAGUGAGAAGAGGAGGUACAUUAUGCGGGGAAGACAUGGAUGGUCAAGAAUCGUCAGGCAGUGACAGCGCUGUUGGUGGUAGCCAACAGCAUUUAGGAUUUUCAACCUCUUCCUGGGAACCCAAUUCAUGGGUCUCAACUGAUCGCUGGACUUCAAGAUCCAACUGGAGAGAUGAGGACGAGAAGAGCCCACUGGGAUUUCAAAAGCAUGGAUUGUCUGAAACAGGCCGUGAUGUGGAACAGGCCAGAAGGGCAUUCCGUGGACAAAGGAGUGGAAUUGGACGUGGGAGACUUGGUACGAGUAAAAAUCUCCACUCAACUGCUAUCCUUGCAAGUGCUGCUUCAACAUAAUCCACUCAGUUGUGUUGUUUUCAUUUUCCACGUAGUUGUGGCUUUUUUAAACUUCUAGUCGCAAAGAUUACUUUGUAUGGUUGCAAACUUGCAACCUGUUAUUCUUGUUCAUUCAAAGAGGUUUAUUCUCCCCGUGUUC